GCCGAUGGGAGUUUCCUCAGAGUUCAGCUUCACAGAGCUGCAGUCUGUCUGCCAUGGCCUGUCUGAUGGCCGCCUGGUCUGUGCACAAUCCCACUGUGACCAACUCCAUCAUCAUGAACACCAACGGGCCCCCCGACCUGAUGCUGGACCCCCGGACGGUGUGCGUCUGUUUGGAAGAGGAGAUCAACAAGCAUCCGGGGGGAACCCAGCAGACGCCGCUGCUGCAGAAACACCAGAAGAAGCUGGACGGACCCCUGAAGAAGGUGGACAACACCCUGACGGAGGCCCAGAGGUUCUCCUCGUUGCCACGGAGACCAGCCGUCAACAUAGAGUUCAAAGAUGUCUCUUACUCAAUCAGAGAGGGACCCUGGUGGAGGAAAAAAGGUUACAAAACUCUGCUCAAAGCCAUCUCUGGGAAAUUCACCAGCGGGGACCUGGUGGCCAUCAUGGGGCCCUCAGGAGCUGGGAAGUCCACGCUCAUGAAUAUCUUGGCGGGGUACAGGGAGACGGGGAUGAAGGGCGAGAUCCUGAUCAACGGUCAACCCAGAGACCUGCGCUCUUUCCGGAAGGUUUCCUGCUACAUCAUGCAGGACGACAUGCUGCUGCCGCAUCUCACCGUGCAGGAGGCCAUGAUGGUUUCAGCCAACCUGAAGCUGCAGGAGAAGGUGGAGGCUCGGAGAGAGAUGGUCCAGGAGAUCCUGACAGCUCUGGGUCUGCUGGACUGUGCUAAAACCAGAACCUCCCACCUGUCCGGAGGCCAGAGGAAGAGGCUGGCCAUCGCUCUGGAGCUCGUCAACAAUCCUCCGGUGAUGUUCUUCGACGAACCCACCAGCGGUUUGGACAGUUCGUCUUGUUUCCAAGUCGUCUCUCUUCUCAAAGCUCUGGCUCGAGGAGGACGGACGGUCAUCUGCACCAUCCACCAACCCAGCGCCAAACUCUUUGAGCUGUUUGACAAGCUCUACGUGCUGAGUCAGGGUCAGUGCAUCUACAGGGGGAAGGUGUCCAGUCUGGUUCCGUACCUGCAGGAGCUCGGACUGAACUGUCCGACCUACCACAACCCGGCCGACUUCAUCAUGGAGGUGGCGUCCGGGGAGUACGGGGACCAGAUGGUGAGACUGGUGAAGGCAGUUCAGGACAGGAAGUCUGAGGAAGAGCAUCAGACGGAGCUGAACGGAGACGCCAACCUGCAUCCGCUCCUCUGGCAGGAGGAGAGUUCUCCGUCUGAAGGUUGCCACAGCUUCUCAGCCAGCUGCAAGACUCAGUUCUCCAUCCUGUUCAGACGGACGUUCCUCAGCAUCCUCCGCGACUCGGUGCUGACCCACCUCAGGAUCUCCUCUCACAUCGGGAUCGGAGUUCUGAUCGGCCUCCUGUACCUGGGCAUCGGCAACGAAGCCAAGAAGGUCCUGAGCAACUCGGGCUUCCUCUUCUUCUCCAUGCUGUUCCUCAUGUUCGCAGCUCUCAUGCCCACAGUGCUCACCUUUCCUCUGGAGUUGGGCGUUUUCCUGAGGGAGCACCUGAACUACUGGUACAGUUUGAAGGCGUACUACCUGGCGAAGACCAUGGCCGACCUCCCCUUCCAGGUGGUCUUCCCAGUGGUCUACUGCAGCAUCGUUUACUGGAUGACGGCUCAGCCUCCGGACGCCGGCCGGUUCUUCCUCUUCCUGUCUCUGGGCGUCCUGACGUCUUUGGUGGCUCAGAGUCUGGGUCUGCUGAUCGGCGCCGCCUCCACCUCCCUGCAGGUGGCGACGUUUGUGGGACCCGUCACGGCGAUCCCGGUCCUGUUGUUCUCCGGGUUCUUCGUCAGCUUUGACACCAUCCCCUGGUACCUGCAGUGGAUGUCCUACAUCUCCUACGUCAGGUACGGCUUUGAGGGCGCCAUCUUGUCCAUCUACGGUAUGGACCGACCGGAUCUUCACUGCGACGAAGACGACGCGUGUCACUUCCAGAAGUCCGAGGCCAUCCUGAAGGAGCUGGACAUGCUGGACGCCAAACUCUUCCUGGACUUCAUCGUCCUCGCCAUCUUCUUCUUCUCUCUGCGGAUCAUAGCCUACUUCGUCCUGCGCUACAAGAUCAGCUCUGAGAGGUAAACCGGAACCGGAAACAGGAGGACCGGACCCGACCUGUUGGCCUGCGUUUGGACUCCGCUGAGGAGACGCUGGUCCGGUUUGGGUUCUGCAGGGACCGGAGCGGGCCUCACGGUUUCUGAAGGUGAUACUGUGCCACAGCCUGGACUCUUCAGAAUAAAAGCCUCUCUGAACUGAGA